AUGGAGCACCCAGCCACCGAUCCCUUCGCCCGCGACCCCAGCCCGAGCCCCGACGCCUUCACACCGACCAGCGGGGGCGGGGGCGGCAGCGGGCCAGCGCUGCACUGGACCCACGACCUUCGCGCGCACGCCAACGCCCCGCCACGGACCCCUGCGCACGUCCCCCGGCCGUACACGGGCUCGUCCGAGUUCGCGGUCAUGACCCAGCGCCUGCCCGGCUACCCCCACAUGUACAGGAGCGCCUCCCGCCCCGCGCCGCCCGACCACGACCCGGGGCCGUCCCCGGGGCCGUCCGCCCCGCUCGACCUCUGGGCGACCCCGGACCCGCCACAGCCCGUGCACGCGUACUCGCCCACGACAGCGCACUCGUACUCGCCCACGAUGGCGCACGCGUACUCGCCCACAACAGCGCACGCGUACUCGCCCACCGCGCCGCACGCGACAGCGCACGCCGAGGCGCCGCACGCGCUCACGCACCACCCGCAGGCGUACGCCCCGCAGCACCCGCCCCCGCCCCUCCCGCAGUCGCCCCUCGACCCGCGCGAGCCGAGCGCGGGCCUGAGCCUGAGCCCGGACCCGAGCACGGGCACGAGCCCCAGCUCGAGCCCGAGCCCCUCGCCGAUCUCGGAUCGGGAGCGGACGGAGGAGGCGGAGGCGGCGGCGGCGAGCAGGAGCCCCGCCGCGACGAUGAGCCAGGCGACGAGCCCCGUCGCGGACGUGCUGACGCCGUCGACGUCCGCGGAGGUGCAGACGCCGCUGCCGGAGGCGGAGCGGCCGGCGCCGUCGCCCACGCAGACGCAGGCGGCGGGCUCCCGCCGGAAGACGAAGUACCACUUCUGCGAGAUCUGCAGCAAGCGGUUCGACCGCCCGGGCAGGUUGCGGACGCACUACGAGCAGCUGCAUCCGGAGCGAUCACGAGAGAGCGAGAUGUAG